UCGCGUCACAGCAGUUCCUCGCAGUCUGCACCGCUGUUUACUACAACGGACCACGAAGAUGUUUUCUCUUCAAAAAUUUUUGUUACCAUCCUUUCUCGUAUUAUGUGUGGUCGGGAGCGGUCACUCGAAGAAACAGAUUCCUGGCUACAUACAAAUUUGCAAACAUGAUCCGAAUACGAUCAAUGAAUGCGUGCAGAAAUCUAUUGAGGCGCUAAAACCUAAAUUAGCCGAAGGCAUCCCCGAACUGGACGUUCCGCCGCUAGAACCCUUCAUCAUUCCCGAGGUGGUGGCUUCCAGUAAAGAUCGUGUGCCGCUUCAAGCUACUGGAAAAAAUAUCAAGAUCACGGGAGCUGGUGAUUUUCAUAUUAAUAAAUUGAAUGUGGAUCUCGAUAGUUUGAUAUUGAAAGCCAAGGUUAAUUUCCCGAAGUUGCACUUCGACGGAUUAUACAAGUUGGACACUCAGAUCUUGGUCGUGCCCAUCAAGGGAGAGGGAAAUCUUCUUGCUGACGUCGUGAACUGCGACGCCGAACUCGUGUUCAAAGGAGGGAAGUACCAGAAAGACGGUCUCGAAUUCAUUAAGUUCAAUAGUCUUGAUACUAAGAUCGGAAUCAAAGAUUAUAACGUCAAAUUCGAUGGAUUGUUCAAUAACGACAAAGUUCUCGGUGAUGCAGCCAAUGACGCAAUCAAUCAGAACAAGGCAGAGUUCUUCAAUACGUUCAAGCCGUUCCUGGAGGCGGCUGUUUCAAAACUGCUCCUAAAUAUAUCCAACAAAGUGGUCGACGACCUCCCAUUCAACGAACUACUGCCCAAACCUUAAUUUUAAAAUGUUUAAUUUUAAAGGCGAGUGAUUAAUAAAAUG